AUGAAUAAUGAUAUAGCAUAUAAAUCGAGGCCUCCGGAUCUACCAUCGCUUCUUCUAAGUGAAAGGAUUGUGUACAUAGGAUAUCCAAUACAACAAACAGUAGCACAUCUAGUAAUAAGUCAACUUUUGUAUUUGGAUUACGAUUCGCAAGAGAAGCCAAUUAAAAUAUAUAUAAACUCGGAUAAUGAACACACAAAGGAGGAAGGAUUGUCAACAUCGGAAAUAGACGCGUUGAACAUAGUAGAUGUUAUAAAUUACCUGAAGAACGAUGUAAUAACGAUAAACCUGGGAAAGGCGUACGGUCCAGCAGCAAUAAUAUUGGCAUCUGGAACACCGGGAAAGAGAUACGUGCUUCCGAGAUCAUAUACACUACUGAGGCAGUCUCCAGCGACGAUAUCGUUCAGGCAGGCGGAGGACAUAGCAAUAUAUUCAGACGAAAUACUGAAGGCAAGGAAGGCAAUAGUUAACGUGCUAUCAAAAGCGUGCAACAAGGAAACGUCAGAAAUAUUGGAGAGAAUAAAUAGAGGAGAUUACAUGGAUUCGCAGAUAGGAGCGGAGAUGAAUAGAUUAUUUAUGAUACCGAGACUAGUAAGCAGGUCAGACUUGUCUAAUUGGGUGGCAAGAAGGAGUUACGCAAAGAAUCAUAGAAGUGGAGAAUUCGACAGGCUGCUGAGUAGACUUGAAAGGUCAAUCGACCAUUCAAGAACAGACGAAAGUGUCCACAAGAACGUGGCGUCUAUCGCAAAUGAAUUUCUGAAUAAUAAACACACAUUCGUGGAACAGUCGGCGUUUUUAUCGAAGAUACACAAGUAUGAGAAGCUGGAAGAAAAGUUUUGGAACAAGUACCUGGGUAAAUUGAAUGAAAGGUUGGCCCGUGAAGAAGAAUGUGAAGUUGUAUGCGAGGAGUCAGUAGAUGAACUAGUGGCAUUUUCGGAAAUAGCAAGAGUGUUAAUAUCAGCAGGGAAGUCAUCAGUGCCCUUAUCGAGGUAUUUCGUGAAAUCAGUGACCUCAAAUAUAUAUAACAUCAUACCGAGGGAAAUAAGAGUAUUCACGAGGAUGUUGGAAUAUUUAGUACACGCUGGAUCAAAAAAUAAGUUGGAUCCAGUGGUUUUUGAGCUAUUGGAGGACAAUGCGUGGAAAAUUAAGCCGACUAAUUUAAUAAGUAUACUGUAUAACCUUGGCAAAUUGGGAGAUAGAGAUGAAGAAGUGAUAAGAGCGUUCUCCAGAGUGUUGACUAACUGCUUAGCCAAAGGGAUUCUGAGACCCUACGAUAAGACGAAGCUGGCGAAGGCAUAUUCGUUGUUAAACUAUGAGCACAUAACAUUCUUUAAUCAAAUUUCAAAGGAGCUCACACUCAUAUUUAAAGCAAUGGACUAUGGAAACUAUUUUAAAAAAGAAGAGAAAGGGAUAAAUUAUGUUCAAGGAGUAGGAUUAAGAGGUGGAAAGGCGAGUGGAGUAAUGGUUGAGGGGCUAAAGUAUAUACAAUAUUACUCUAAUGAAUCAGAUGAAGUGAUUGAGGAGCCGAAGAGAGUGGAGUUUGAGGGAACAGAUGAACAGCUGUAUAGUUGCGGUCAAAUGGUGUUUAUCCUGGACGCAAUGAUAUACUUGAGAAUACAUCACCUGGAACCGGAAUUUAAAAAUUUGAUAUCAUAUGCACUUAAGCAUUUGUAUAAGUCGGAAGUAAUGGAGCACUUCGACGUGGAACAGUUGAGGUCUGCAGUGUCGUUUUUGGCAACGUGUAGGAAGAGCAUAGACGAUCACCUGCUGGAGAACGUAACGAAGAGGUUUGUGAGGGAAUACAUGGACGGGAACGUGACUAACGCACAAUUGGCGCUGUUCCUGAAGGACCUGGUGAAGCUGACAAAGAUAGUGGUAAAGAGGAGGAACGUAAGAAAUAGGCUGCUGCACACGUCGACGUUCGUGCCGCCGAAGUGGAUCCACAAUCAGAUGUACGAAAACGCGGACCCGAUGGACCCGAACUCGACGAGGUCGACACUUGAGCACCUGUGCUACAAGAUAUGCGACAACUUUAAAAGGUUUACCAUCGAGGAUCUGACGAGCUGUUUGCGCUCAGUGGCAUAUUUGGGCUUCAAAAAUGAAAAGUUCUACAGCCUCUUCAUACCGUUCUUACGACAGAACCUGAAAUCGCUAAGCAACGUAGCAGUGUCAAACAUAACACAGUCGUUCAACAGAGCAGGAGUAAAGGAUAAAUACUUCUUCUACCUGCUAGGGAAACAACAUCAAGACUAUUUACACAGCGUCGAGGAAAAGGUGUACAUUAAGAGGAUAGGAUAG